AUGUCCGAAGCCAAGAGAUGUGGCGAUGAGGAGACCAAGAAUGGAAAGCGCCCCGGAGAAUUCUUGGCGGAUAGGAUGGACUCCUUGCACUGCGCGCCGUUUGAUAGUCGUAGGCAAGACUCGCCAAGUUUGAUACCGUCUUCCAAGCGCCCUCGUGUCGCGGCCCGUUUGCCAGCUUUGGCAGAUGUUCCUCAAAAGGAGGUUGAAGGAGAUAGUGGCGAAGCGCAAGCCAGCUCAUCUGACUGGCGCAUGGUGCUCUACCACGAUCGAAAUGUGGUUCUGUUCAACCCCGGUGAGAAACCAGCAUUCCGCUCGCGAAGACUUUCUGUGGACGAAGCCGCCCCCGGAACAGAGUUGUCAAACCCUUCCGGGAGAUGUCCACUGUGCAGGCAGACCGUUGAUGCUCGCUUUGCGUUUGCGGCACAGGCAUACUUCGAUCUCUUGCAAGGACUCUUCCGAAGUGGUGGCCGGGAUCCAGAAGGUGAAGAUAUUGACCUUCUUGCAGAGAGCGAUCUGUACAGGAUUUUGGGAAUCCCCCGCAGCGCAAAAGCAGAUGACAUCAAGCGAGCCUACCGUAAGCGGUCGCUGAGGUUUCACCCAGACAAGAAUCCGGACGACCCGGAUGCAAAGUUGAAGUUUCAGAAGGUUGCUGAGGCUUUCACGGUCCUUUCAGAUGAGAACAAGCGCGCAAAGUACGACAAUUCUGGAGACAUGGACUUGGAGGGCUUCGACGUGGAAACCUUCAUGGAGAUGGUGAACGCUGCAGGGCUGAAGUUCCACAAGCGGGAAGACCGAACAGACGACCGAGGUGAUGACCAACAACAGGAUGACUCAGCUCGUGCUGUUGGCCCACUUGACCGGCUUGGUGUUUCAGAUGACGAACAGGGUGACGCAAUCGCCAUCGGAGAUGGGGACUACGAUGCCAAUCCUUUUCUGCUUGCUCACACGGCCAACCCAGCAGAGGUCCCGAUCUUCGCAUCCGAGGGUGGGGUCGAAGCGGAGCAAGCAGCGGCUGCAGCUCUGCGACAUCUUCCUGCAGGGUUGCUUAACACUGGGUAUUAUGCGCGGUUCUUUCAGGAGACCAAGCUUCUUGGCUCCGGAAGUUUCGGAGCCGUCUACCUUUGCCGACAUGUUCUGGACGACAUGAUGCUGGGUGACUAUGCUGUCAAGAAGGUGCCAGUUGGAGACAACAAGGUCUGGCUGCGGGACAUGGUUCGGGAGGUAAAGACGUUUGAGCGCCUACACCAUCCAAACAUUGUGGAGUACAAGCACUCUUGGUUGGAGCUGUCAAGGCGAUCCGAAUUCUGCCCCUUUGUGCCCUUCCUGUUCAUCCUUAUGCAGUACUGCAACGGCGGUUCGCUGGCGGAACAGAUAUGGCACGAUGGCAAUUCUCAGACUCCCAAGGACCAGAUGCCCACAGAACAGAUCUGGCACUUCUUGUUGGACAUUCUGCUGGGACUGCAGCAUCUGCACAGGCAGGGCAUCCUUCACCGCGACCUGAAACCGACCAAUAUCCUUUUAUCGUGGCCUGAUGCAGCCGGCAGGGGUGGAGGAUCCGAGAGCUUUCCAAGGGCACUUCUGAGUGACUUCGGCACUGCCCAGGCCUUCGGAGAGCCCCCGGCCAGCGCUACUGCGGCUGUCUCGCGUGGGUAUACGGGCACUGUGGAGUACACUGCGCCUGAGCUCUUGCUCACGGAGGACCUGGAGCGUGAAUACUCCGAGAAGAGCGAUAUGUGGUCACUGGGCAUGGUGGUCUAUGCCAUGUCCUUUUCCUCAUUGCCGUUCUCACAUGAUGAUCCACAUGUUUUGAAGGGCCUCAUCAAGGCCUUCGUGGAAGAGAAGCGCCGCCCGGCUCCAAACGAGAAGGCUCCCAGCGCCGAGGAAGAUGCCUCUGGCUGGCUUCCGUUCGAUACUGGCGGGCGAAUAGGGCCUUUGCGCCUGGUCCUUGCAGCUUUGCUUGCGCUAGAUGCUCGACGAAGGCCGGCCGCCACGGACCUGCUUGAGAAUCCCGUCUUCCGGCGACAGGCACGGCGGUACCUUCGAAAGGCGGCGGAUGUUGGUGAGACGCAGGGCCCGGCUUUGCCAAUCGACUCUUCCUGGAAUUGUUUCGAUUAG